GGCUGCGCCACUGUUCGGCUCCGUCCGGCUGCAGCGGCUCGCCAGAGGAUACACUACUACGGCGCGUCUCCCCCGCAGCGUCGCGUUCUCAGAGUCACCAGCGUCUGCCGCGUCGCGCAUGCAGCGUUCACGGGAGUAUCGCCGCGUAACGCGAGAUUAAAGGGCACCGGUGGUCGAUGGUGCGCCGGUCGAGAAGAAGAGGUCCGCGAAUCGACAGGCCCUCCCGUUCGUCGACGGGAAAAGGCCUGUCCCGGGCGCGGGUGAGUGUAUAUAUACAAGUGGGUAGUAGAAUUGACAUUUGAGUGAUUCGAAUUAGCAGCGUCGAACAAGAAGAGAGAGAGAGAGAGAGAGGGAGAGUGGGGAGAAGAAAAGAGUGCGCGUUCGACCGAGACGACGGAGAUACCAUCGACAUUCGUGGUGGAAGGGUGGCGGAUGCACCGCGGGGGCGGAAGUGCCGGAGGCGCAGCCGGGGGUGGUAUCGUCGGUGGUGCCGGCGGAAGUCACCGUGCCCUCGAGUUGGAGCAUCCGUCGGCGAUGCCGGGCGCACCUGGUUUCCAUUGGGGGGCCAUGCUCGCCGGUCACCACGCGGCCGCCGCCGCGGGGAUGAUGCAGCCCCCGAUGUCGGCCGGGGGCGAGUACGUCCCCGCCGCGGCGCAUCACGGGCCCGCACAUCCCGCGAUGCCCAUGGACCUGCACGUCCAUCAGGGCUUCCCCUAUUUCCCUACCAGAUAUCGAGAUGACGCGCUCUGCUGGACGGACAGGAAACCGUCCAUGGACGACGUCGGAAAUCCUACCUCCGUCAACGCACGAUUUGAGGAGAGGCACUACGCUUUCGAAAGCAUCUUGGAGUUGCGCAAGGAGAAGAGCCGGGACGCGGCGAGGUCGCGACGUGGUAAAGAGAACUUUGAGUUCUACGAGCUCGCGAAAAUGCUUCCUCUACCGGCGGCCAUUACCUCCCAGCUGGAUAAAGCCUCCAUAAUAAGACUAACGAUCUCGUAUCUCAAACUCCGCGAUUUCUCCAGUCACGGCGAUCCGCCGUGGUCCCGCGACGGCCCACCGCCCAGCAAAUCUGUCAAAGGUGCUAAUCGAGUCAGAGCGUCGUCGAAUGCGGCAAUAGAGCAUUUCGAAAUUCAUCAAGGUACCCACAUAUUGCAGUCCCUGGACGGCUUCGCGAUGGCUGUCGCGGCUGAUGGCAGAUUCCUGUACAUAUCCGAGACCGUUUCGAUAUAUCUCGGCCUCUCACAGGUAGAAAUGACGGGGUCGAGCGUUUUCGAUUACGUCCAUCAGCAAGAUCACGCGGAGGUCGCGGAGCAACUCGGUCUGGGACUUGCGUCGUCUACCAGCAGCACCUCGGGUCCGCAUUCCUCGAACUCUGGUCUAGCCUCGCCGAGUAGCGGCGCCUCGGAAGACCACGGUUCGAGCUCCACUGCUAAUCCUGACGUGUCCUCGGUAAUGGCGCUGUCGGCGACCGGACUCUACAAGGGGUACGACCGAGCGUUUUGCGUCAGGAUGAAAUCCACCCUGACGAAGAGGGGGUGUCAUUUCAAGUCGUCGGGUUAUCGGGUCGUGUUGUUGCUGUGUCGUUUGAGGCCACAGUUCGUAUUUAGCCAUACGAGAAAGUCCGCGCCACCUUUGAUGGGCAUGGUCGGACUUGCUAUUGCGCUUCCACCGCCGAGUGUGCACGAAAUUCGUCUCGAGACCGACAUGUUUGUCACGCGGAUCAACUUCGACUUUCGGAUAGCGCACUGCGAACCAAAGGUUUCCGAAUUGUUGGACUACACGGCCGACGAGUUAACGGGGAAGAAUCUCUACACCCUGUGUCACGGCGAGGACGCGCAUCGUCUGCGAAAGUCUCACAUAGAUCUGAUCCAUAAAGGGCAAGUACUAACGCAUUACUAUCGAUUGAUGAACAAGAGCGGUGGAUACACGUGGUUGCAGACGUGCGCCACCGUAGUGUGUAAUUCGAAAAAUGCCGAGGAGCAAAAUAUCAUUUGCGUCAAUUAUGUCAUAAGCGGCCGAGAAUACGAAAACUUAAUUAUGGACUGCUGUCAGCUGGAGGACGGCGUAACCGGGGUCAAGAGAGAAGACACGGCCGGGAACGACCCGGAGAACGGAUCGCCGGACGCCGACAGAGGAGAGGGUCGUAGUCGAGGCGGCCCUACGAAUCAGCAUCAGGAGCAGUCGCAUCGAUCGCCGCCCGAGGAACGAGAGGAGAGCCGGGCGUCCGAGAGCGAGAAACGCGGUAGCCGGCAUCACGACAGUAUAGGCCAGUUGCAACAGCAGCAGCAGGAAUCGUCGCAGACGGCGGUCGGGAACAUCAGCACGCUGGUGGUGAGACUGCGCGGACACAAGCGGAAAAUCCAGGACGACGACAGCAGCUCCAACGAAGAGGAGGAAGACGAGGAGGAGACGACGGCGGUCAAGGAGUCCACCAGCGAGAGGGUGACUCGCACCCUCAGCCCCAGCGCGACGUCCACGCACUCGAUCUCGACGACCGAGCAGACCCUCUGCUCGACCAGCCCGAAGUCCCGUCGCACCGACAGCGGCAGGAUGGACAACGGCGCCGAGAACACUUCGGGGACCUCGGUGAAGGAUCUGGAGCAGGCUAUGUCGAAGCAUCUGCCGAGUAGUUCGUUGAACAAAUCGAAUUCCCCGGCGACUCUUCAUCAUCAACCCACGGACUUCAGUACGGACGCGUUGCUGAAGCAGCAGCAGCAACGUAGCACGAUACAGUGGAUCGGCGCGCAUCAUCACCUGGGUCACCUGAGUCCGCAGCAAUCCGCGGCGGCUGCUGCGCCCUUACCGGCUUCUGCUCUUCUUAGACAGCUCUACGCGGCCAAUCGGGAGAGCGUGAUACGCGCUAACGUGCACGGGAUCACGUCGAGCGGUGGUACGCGGACACCCGCGUCGACCGGGAUCUAUUAUCCCGGUGAGACAGCCCCUAACGGACCGCUGCCCACUCCGCCAGGUUCCGAAGGUUCCAGUACGUACGGCGAGCACCAAUUCGUGCUCGCCGCGCACAAUCAAAAGGGAACCAACGGCACCAGCUGCGCCGACGCGUUCACCAGUCUGGUUUCGUCGUAUACGUCCGCCACCGCGGCUGGUUACCCGGUGGACUAUCAUUCGGCGAUGACACCGCCGUCGUCGGUCUCGCCAAGGGACAAGCAGCAGCAACAGCAGCAGCAGCAGCAACAACAACAGCAACAGCAGCAGCUGCAUUCCGUGAACGUGAUCAACAGCUACGAGAGCUCGUCGGCGUACACGGAUCCAGUUCUCCGUCAUCAGUACGAACCGGCUCAGCCGUUACCCUUGAAACCCCAGGUAUACUCGGCCACUGUUCAUCCGAGUGCCUUAGACGCCGCAGCGGCAUACGCCUCGGCGGGUCUGACGGAGCAGCCGCAGUUCUAUCAUCAUCCAGCUGGUAGCGCCGGCUUCCACAUCUAUCAUCCGGGCAACAAGUCUACGGCAAACGGCUGGUACACCUCGGCGUCCUAGUGGCCCCCCUCGUAGAUUCCACCGCCCGUACGCGGAACGCGUGUACUUAAGCGACUGUAAUUAAACCCAAAGUCCUCUCCCUCAGUGCAUAUCAGUGAUACGCUAUCUCGUCGCUGUCGCGAUCGUCGGCGAGCGAUCCUCGUUUCGUUGUUACGGGAUCGGGAGGAGGGCUCAAACCCCUAUCGCCGAUUCUUGCUCCUGAUCCCGCGCCGCGCGUUCCGAUCAGCGUCGACCGCGCUGUAACAAUCGCUCUCUUCUCCAUUAUGUGUAGAACGAUUUAUUGUAAUAUAAUGAAUAAAUUAUUAUAUAUAUGUUGA